GCUUUUAACAGCCUGCCUUCUAUGAAGCUUUUGGGCUCACAGUAGUGGAGUCAAUGACCUGCGGGCUUCCGACCUUUGCAACAGUUCAUGGAGGUCCUGCAGAGAUCAUCGUCCAUGGAGUUUCAGGUUUCCACAUUGACCCCUACCAGGGUGAUAAGGCUGCAGAGCUGCUGGUAAAUUUCUUUGAGAAAUGUGAGGAGGACCCAACAUACUGGGAGAAGAUCUCCAGGGGAGCCAUGAAGCGCAUUGAAGAAAAAUACACCUGGAAACUGUAUUCUGAGAGAUUGAUGACCUUGGCUGGUGUCUAUGGUUUCUGGAAGUAUGUUUCUAACUUAGACAGGAGAGAGACAAAGAGAUAUCUUGAGAUGUUCUAUGCCCUCAAAUAUCGUCAAUUGGCAGAAUCUGUUCCUUUGCAUCAAGAUGAGGAGAUUGUUCCCAACAGCACUGACUGAAAUACUCUGGCCAAAUUCAAGUUUUUUUUCCGUUUAUUUCAAACGUAAUAAAAAGCUAGAGACUUCUUAUUUGAAAAUUUACUGCUUUUGUAUAAGGCUCAAAUGCCAAAAUAUUUGCAAUGCAAUUCAAUUUUUUGUUUCUUCUGA